GUGGAACCCAGGAGGAAACCGCCAUGUCCGUCAACAGAUCCAAAGCAGAGGCUAGGGGAUCGGAUGGGAGGACGGAGGCGGCGAGGUUUGGGAACGAAAUUUAGGGCUAAGGUCCAAUGCAGGGCAUGCCCGUUUUGAAACAGAGGAAACGUAAACUUGUACUGUGCGCUUAUGGGAAAACCUCCAAAUUACCCACACGGGCCAUGAAGAAGGCGGCGGCAGCAGAGGUACCUGUGGCGGCGGCGGCGGUACCCGCGACCACAAAGGAUGGUGGCGGAGGCGGCGAUCUCAUAAGCAACCUCCCUGACGCCAUCCUCGGCACCAUAAUCUCCCUCCUCCCCACAAAGGAUGGUGCCCGGACGCAGGCGAUCUCCCGCCGAUGGCGCCCCCUCUGGCGAUUAUCGCCUCUCAACCUCGACGCCACCGGCCUGUCCUUCAGCGAUUCCAACGGCUUCGCCAUCAUCUCCAGGAUCCUCUCCGACCACCCUGGCCCUGCCCGCCGGUUCCACUUCCCCUACAUCCGCGUCCACUAUUACGCGGACUAUUAUUCAUCUCAGAUCGAGAGCUGGUUCCUCUCCCGUGGCCUCACCAACCUUCAGGAGUUGGACAUCAGCUUCAAUCAAUUUGCUAAAUUUCGACUUUUUGUAUAUACAAGUGACUGUCCUGAGCCUUGCCUGCUGCCAUCAUCCGUGCUUCGCGUCGCAUCAACCCUCCAGGUGGCCAAAAUCGCCUCUUGCAAGAUCGCUCAUCCGCUGAAUUUACCCGUCCUCAAGCAGCUCACUUUACAAUCCGUUUCCAUCUCCGAGGAUGUGCUCCAUGGGCUCAUCUCUGGCUGCCGUGCCUUGGAGACUCUAGUUUUGGAUAUACUUCAUGAUGUGGCCCUCCUCCGCAUUAGAUCACCAACUCUUAAGAGCAUUGGUCUAUGCGCUUGGACUUUGCGCGAAGGAGAAUUGGUCGUCGAGGAUGCCCCUCACCUUGAAAGGUUGCUACUACCUCGUCGGGGCUUAGGAUGCAACAUUAUCCGGGUAAUCAGGGCACCUAGACUGGAGAUUGUUGGUCCUUUGUUGCCCGGCGACCACGAAAUCAAUGUUGCAAACCAAGUCUUCCAGAGAGUAAUCCCAGCCAGCUUGGAAAAUCCGAUAUGCACCGUGAAAGUUCUGGCUCUCCGAUUUUCUGGCCCUGACUUGAAUGCAGUUCUUGACAUCCUUCACUGCUUCCCCUGCCUGGAAACUCUCUAUGUCAUUUGGAACAUAUUUUGGCAAAGAGACCUGAAAAACGUGAGUCAGUGUGACCCACUAGAUCCAGUCAAAUGCCUUGAAACCCAUCUAAAAAAACUGGUGUUGGGAAAUUACGAAGGAAGUGAGGAAUAUGCCAGCUUUGCCAAGUUCUUUGUUUUGAAUGCGAAGGUGCUGAAAGAAAUCAUAUUUGGAGUCGAUCAGAAGAUCAACAUGGCAUGGGUGGCUGAUCAACAUAGGCUGCUGGAAGUGGAAACUAGAGCCUCCCAAGAUGCUCAAUUUGAAUUCAGGUUUGUUUCUUCCAAGUAUAUUGAUGCCCAUGACCUGUCAAUUGCCGAUCCUUUCGACGGCUCAUGGGUAGGCAGUGUAGAUGCUCUUUAGAAAGAAGCAUAUCCUUAUUUGUGAAUGGCCGAUCCGAUUGGCUGCUUGUUCUGUAGACGAGGCUGGAUACCUGAAGAUCAUAUUGUUCUUGCUCGUUUUCUACAGGGGACUGAUGCUCGUUUUCCGUCCAAUACUCAAAUUUGAUGCGGCUUUUCUAUUUCUAGUCUGAAGCUCCUUUGUAAUAAAUCCCAUGAGGGUAUGUCAUCCAACUGAGAGCUAGUAAGAUCAGCAUCAGUCUCCUUGUUUUGUCUUUUGUCUGAAAAAGGAGUAUGUAUUGCAACCUAGUUUUUGUUCCAGUUUCCGUCUGCACUGCAAUGCUUGCAAUUAAAAGAUAUCCGCAUACUUCUCUUUUGCUUC